AUGCAUAUAGCGUUUCUGAACUUUGCAGCCGCGUUCGACUCUCCUCACCGAGUCCGUCUCCUCAACGCGCUCCGCGCCGAUGGAGUACCAGGAAAGUUCGUUCGCUUGCUUGAUGACAUGAAUCAACGAACGACUGCUGCAGUUCGUACACCAGCCCGAUGUACAACACCGUUUGUAGUGGUAACUGGAGUAAGACAAGGAGCAGUGGCAGGACCCUUCCUGUUCAAUUUCCCCAUCGACGACAUUAUGCGAAGAACAGCCGACCAGUGUCCUGUCGACAUUGUCUUAGCACCAUCAGGCUGGCUGGCCUGGCUGCAGCCUAUAGACGACGUCUACUCCCUGCAAGCCGAUGUGGAUCUCUUCGGAGGUCGAAGAGAUCGAAGAUGUGGAUCUCUUCGGAUGAGGCCUCGAACGGGAAUCAGGGUGGACGGACCGGCAGAACGCCUUGUUCAACGAGUUCUGAGGAGUUUGCCGGGUUCGAGCUGGAAGAAGCCACCUGGCCGGAAAUCGAAGUUCUGGACUGAGGUGGUGAAAGAAGACCUGAGGGCACUCAGCGUGGAUAGGCAAUUCAGGCGAGACAUACGAGUGGAGCUGAACGUUGAUCGCCGGCAGCUAGAAAAACUUCGUUUCGCAGAUGACAACGUCCUUAUAACAUCUAGCAUAAGCCAGGAGGAAGCUGCUGAGCCAGGAGGAAGCCGAGCUGGGCAGCAAGCGAGCGAUUGA